UGGCGGUCUUGGACUGUUAAAGUUAAAAAAUCUAAAAUCUCGGAAGUACAUAUGUACCUAAGGUAGGUUGUUCCCUUUUCAACCUUUUUUAACCCGCCCCCAUUCGAUAUCUUUAAUUCUUAACUUCCGUCAAGCUCACCACCACGAAGGAUCUGGAAUUAGCUAUCCCGUUGUUGUAAACAGGUCAUACUCGCUCUUUACUUCGACCGUUACGAUUGCUUGAUUUCUAGGUUCUUUCGUCAGCUGUCAGACUGUCAACACUUGCGCCGGGUACGAACGGACGUUACAUAUACCUCACUGGCUACUAAUAUUCUGUGGCGCUUAAUUGAUAUCGAGGCAAGGAACUUGAAGGGCCAGAAAAAAAGGAGGUUCGCAAAGUCUUAUUUGAGGGUUUUUCGAUUUAGGACCACUUGAAAGCCGACCGAUACCACUUUUUUUUUUCUCGAUUAACAUAGCUUUCUACCGUGUAAAUACUGAAAUCAUGUCCGACAACGAGGGAUUCGAAGUUGUCCAGCAUGAAGAAUCCAUCCUCUCAGGCGAAGAGACUACCGGAACCGCCGGCACUGGCGCGACCGAAUCUUCGCCUAAGUCUUCAGUUAAAUCUAGCAAUGGAUCUAAAACUGAAGGUGCUGCGCCGGUGAAGCGCCCGGCGGGAACUGCUACUACUACUCGUCGUCUGGGAACAACUCCUGGGAUCGCUUCCAAGACAACCGCAAGUUCGGCUGCUCGUGCUGCUACUGGCGGUUUGAGCAAGCCCCCAGCCCGCCCCCCUUCCGGGGCUACUGUCAAGAAGCCCGUUGGCACUACCGCGACCCAUAGGGCCCAGCCGUCCAUCUCGGAAGACGAGAAGAAGAAGCCUAGUAUGACUUCUGCGGCGCGUCGAACCUCAACGGUACCUAGUAGCCUCACAUCAUCUCCUGGCAAGUCUGCCACAAGACCAACCGUUUCCAGCGCUGCUACCGCAAGGAAGCCUUCGCCAGCAAGUAGCACUUUAGCUGGAAGAUCCGGUUCGCUCACAAAACCAUCGACUGGUACCACGUCGUCAACACGGACCUCGACGAUUUCCCGACCCGGAGUCGCCGGAUCUACAAUUGAGCCAAAGAAACGGGUAUCCAACGUUACUGGCUCCCCAUCAGGCCCGACGAGGCAUAUAGCGCGCCCUUCUACCUCUUCCAUAAUCUCUUCCACGGCGGCAAAGGAUGUUGAAGAUUUAAAGGCGAAGCUUGCUGAGAAAGAGGCAGAAGUUGAGUCAUUGAAGGAGCAAGUUGCUUCCUCUCAAGCCAAGGUAGCGGAGUUCGAAGAAAAGAUCAAGUCCGAGGCGAAUGGUGUCCAAGGCGCCGAAGAUGCCCUACGACAAGGACACGAAGAGUUGUUGGAGACUUUGAGGUCUACUCAUGCAUCCGAAAAGGAGGCACUGGGUACACAGAUCUCCGAAGCUCUUGAUAAGCUUAAGACUGCCGAGGAGCAGCUUGAGGCUCACAAGACAAAAUUGACUGAUUUGACUAGCUCACAAGACGCCAAGGAGACUGAAAUCAGCAGCCUUCAGAGCAAGCUUGAGUCUCUCCAGCUUGACAAGAGCACUCUGACCAAGGCAUCCGAGGAGCACGAUGCAGCAUUGGCAGAACUUCGGAAGUCUUUGGACGAGCAACAUCAAGCCGCUGUUGAAGCUCUGAAGACUUCGCAUGCGGCGGAACUCGACGGAAGCAAAGCCACUUCGAGCGAGCAUGACAAGGUCCUCGGAGAACUCAAAGCAGCUAACGAAUUGCUGCAAAGCAAGAUCGACGAAUUGACAUCGUCGACUCAGAACGAAGGCGCUGCGAGCGCUUCCAAGAUCGCCACGUUAGAGGCUGAACUGGCCGAAUUGAAGGCUGCUGCCGAACAAGAUAAAGCAGCGUUGGCGACUUCCCAAGCCGAACUAGAAGAAGUCAAGGCGAAGCUGACGGAGUCUAUUGCCGCUGCGGAUGCCACAAAGGAGGAAUUAGCUAAGGUCAAGUCCGACUUCGCUAACUUGCAGGAAGAACUCGGCCAAGCCAAAGAAAACAUGUCAUCCAGCGCAGAUCUAGCCACACAACUUAAGGAGUGGGAGGAUAAAUAUGAGAAGUUAAAGCAAGACCACAAGGUCUCGGAGGAGACGCAUGAAAACCAACUAAAGCAAGUGUCCCAAGAUUACGAGACCGAGAUCGAGAGCCUCAAGGGCGACGCCUUUUUCAAGCGCAAGUUCCAUGUCCUCGAAGAGGAGCAUACCGACCUAAAGACAAAAUAUGACGAAUUGACUAGCACACAUUCGACAGCCGUUGAAGCUCAUACAACGGAACUGGAGGCGGCGAAGGCCGAACAUACAGCAGCUGUUGCCGCCCUUUCCGCGAAGGAGGAUGAACACCAAAAAGCACUUGAUGCAUUGCAGGCCAGCCAUGCUAUGGAUCUCGAAGGUGCUAAGAGUGGCGCCUCUGCUGACAAGGAAGCACACCUAGCUGAGCUCGAGGCUCUCAAGACUAGUCACGCUGAACAGAUUGAGAUAUCCAAGAGCGAGAGUGCAGCUGCCCUUGCGAAGGAGUUAGAGGCUCUGAAGACGGCCCAUGCCGCAGCCCUUGAUACUCAGAAGCUAGACUCGGAUACUUUACUUGCUGAGCUGAAGACUAAGCACGCGCAAGACCUUUCCGAACAGGAAGCGGAUGGUAGCGCUCACGCUGCUCAGCUGGAGGUUCUGAAAGCCGCCGUUGAGGAUGCGCAUGCUCAAUUAGAGAAAGCCAAGUCUAGCCAUGCUGAGGAACUUGCCGCGAAGGACGCUGACACCAGUGCCUACACUGCUCAGUUAGAAGCGCUGAAGGAGUCCCUCGAGGAAGCACACAAAGAACUAGAGAAGACCAAAGCCACUCAUGCCCAGGAGCUUGCUACUAAGGAGGCUGAUGGAAGCGCUUACGUAACCCAAUUAGAAACAUUGAAGACAGCAGUUGAGGAAGCGCAGGCAUCACUAGAGAAAGCCAAUGCGAACCACGCCGCUGCCCUCGAGGCUUUCAAGAAGGAAUACGACGAUGCGCACUCUGCCGAGAUCGAGAAAUUGAUCACGAUGCAAUCCGAGGCCGUGGAAGCUGCGAAGAACGAUGCAUCGGGCUCCCACAAGGAGGCUAUUGAGGCUCUUGGAGCAAAGCAUGCUCAAGCUAUCGAGGAGUUGACAAAAGAGCACGAGGCGAAACUCUCCGCGGCAACUUCUGAAGCAUCUAAGCACCUAGCUUCCGUGACAGAAAAUGAGACUGCAUUGGUGGCUGUGAAGGAGGCUUUGGCUAAGGCCGAGGAACAAGCCGCAGCUCUCGAAGCCGAAUUGACAGACGCUAAGGCGAAGGCUGCUGAUCUUGAUAAGGUUCAGGCAGAGUCUGAUGACUUGCACCAAAAGCUUGCGGAGGCGAAGAUGAACAAUGUGGAACUCAUGGCCGACCUCGAUGCUGUGAAGAGUCAAAGAGCAGAUACGUCUGCUGUGGAUGCAUUGAAAGCAGAACUCGAAGGACUCAAGAAAUCUCAUGCCGAAGAACUAGCAGCUGCCAAAGAGGCAUCUACAAAGUCUGCAGGUGAUCUCGAGUUACUCCAGAAGGACCACGAUGCCGCUAAGGCUAGCUUUGAGUCGUUGAAGCAGCAGUUAGAGGCAGCUAAGCAGGAUACUCUCAUCGCGCAGAAAGACCUUGAAGCGCACAAGAAUGACGUAGAGGCUAAACUGAAGAAUCAGGUAGCCGACUACAAUGACAUGUACGACAACUUGUCAACCAUAGCCGAAGAAGAGCAGAAGAAGAGGGCAGCAGCUGAGAAAGAAGCAUCCGACAUCAAGUCACGAUUUGCUGAGAUGGAGGCCCAGUUGAAGGUCAAGGAUGCAGAAAUUGCCGAAGCACUGGCCAAGGCGGCCCUAGCGCCAGCAAAGAAGGGUCUGUCGGCAAGCAGAUUCGCCGACGGCGAGAACGGAGCAGACGAGAGUGUUACCGACUCAGAGGCUACCGCAGCAGGUGAGGAGCAAGAGCCUGACCAUUCAUCGGCUGCGAUAAGCGCGGUGCGCAGAACCCUAUAAAUUGUUCUUGCUUGCUAGUCGCAACACACACCCCUUUACUCCUACGCUUCCAUAUAUCUCCCAGUUAUUUACAGAACGACAACUAAUUGGUUUUUGAUGACAGCUGGCACAAGUUAAUUUAUCUCUUAAGGGCUUAAGGGCCAUCGAUGACGAAAUGAAAGAACGGAACUUGCGCAUGCUCCAGUCAAUGACUGAAGUUCACG